AGUCUUUAUUGCUCAGUGCUCCGGGAAUCAUCUCACUUUGAACAACUGCUUAACAAGUGCCCAAAAGAUUUGCAAAAAGUACAGCAGUGCAGAAAGAGUCAUAAAGUGAAAUUAUUGCAAAUAAAUUCUUGCAAGUGCUUAGUGAAAGAAUUAUAUGAUGACACGGAUGACACUGAAAUCCAAUCAAGCCCCAUCUAUAGCUGCUUAAUUAAUGCAUAACGCACGAGGAAAAAAUCAUCAAUUUGUUCCAUGAAUGAAUGACUAUUAAAGAGUUGUAAUUUAAAAAAAAAAGUGAAUUUAGUCACUCUCGUGCCUUGUUCUGUGAAUGACACAUAUCUGAGUAGAAGAUCGUGCAGUGUUUAGUUGAGGUGAAAGAAAAGGAUCAAAAGUAUUUUUUAUUAAGGUGAUUGUAGGUCACAAUGAUUCUACCAAACAAUACAGGUGGUUUUAUGCUUCAAACGAUGCUGUAUUUAGCAAAUCAGCGUCCAAAUGAAAGUAGUUUUCAUGAACUAUAUAAUCUACCACCAGGGAUGGAUCCUGCAGAUAUUAAUGAUAUAAAAUGCUACGGAGUUUAUGGAUGUUUUCCAAUAACACCACCAUGGACUGUAAAAACACGACCUGUGAGUCUUUACCCCGAGAGUCCUUCGAGGAUUGAUGCACAUUUUCCGGUAUUUAAUAAAAAUACUAGAGAAUUGCCCAAGUUCAUUGAUAUCAACGAUUCUGAUCAAAUAAAAUCCGUUGGAAUUGAUCCCAAAGGGAAUAUUUACUUUGUAAUUCAUGGCUACUUGGAGUCUGGAGACAGACCAUGGAUACAAAACAUGGUGAAUGCCCUCCUGGAUGAAGAUCUCUAUGGGACAGCGAGUGUUGUGGUGGUAGAUUGGGGAGGUGCUGGUGCUUCGAGUCCACCAUAUACUCAAGCUGUGGCAAACAUACGACUCGUGGGAGCCAUAACAGCGCACAUAAUUCACUUAAUUCAUGAAGAGCUGAAUCUGCCAAACUUGGAUAAAGUUCACUUGAUCGGUCACUCCCUUGGUUCCCAUCUUUCGGGAUACGCUGGCUUCACGCUCCAGCGAGAUUUUAACUUAACGCUGGGACGAAUUACGGGCAUGGAUCCGGCUGAACCACUCUUCUCCCAGGUGGACCCCAUUGUGCGUCUCGAUCGAACAGACGCCAAAUUUGUGGACAUAAUCCAUUCGGAUGCGCGGCCAUUCACCAGCGGGGGUCUUGGAAUGUCCGAAGUAAUUGGACAUUUGGACUUCUUCCCCAAUGGUGGCUUCGACAAUCCUGGUUGCAAUGAAGACAUGUCUACAUACAUUGAACAGGAGCGCGGAUCUUUCUUCUGGGGCGUUCAGCAGUUUGUUAGUUGCAAUCACAUCCGCAGUCAUCAGUUCUUCACCGAGAGCAUUUCACCUAAAUGCCCUUUCAUUGCCAUUAGCUGUGAAAGUUAUGAGAGUUUCAAAUCGGGAAAUUGCUUCAAGUGCGACCGCGAUGGCCAUAAAUGCUUCCAAUUUGGAUUCCACAGCUACAAAAGCUACCGACGAGCCAUCGAUAGUGGUAGUAUUCGUGAAAGCAGCUCCAUAAAAGCAUAUCUCAUGACAGAUGCACAGAAGCCCUAUUGUCGUACACACUACAAGGUGAAGAUAAAAAUGUCAAAUUCGGAGGAGAGUGUUCUGCAUGGUGGCGAAAUUGGUAUGAUGUCUAUCAUUAUACGAUCUCAUCACAAUACUGAAACUGAAAAGAUGCCCUUUACUGCGGAACCAACCUACUAUGAGCCCGGGCAUAAGUAUGUGACAGUGAUGCCAGGGAAGGAUGUUGGAAUACCUAAGUAUGCAAUCGUCAAUUGGGAAUACAAGACAAAUCCACUGAAUCCCCUCACGUGGCGCCUCAUUGCAAGUCCUCGUGUUUACAUUGAAUACAUUAUUGUUGAAUCUCUGGAGCACAAAUCGAGCCUCAGGCUAUGUCCGAUGUUCAAUGCGCCCGUUGUUGCUGAUACGCCAAAUAUCUUCCGACAUGACUAUUGCUGAAGGUAAACUGCAAUGAUAUUAAUUUGUGAUUGCACCACAUGAUACAAUAAAAGAAGUCAUAACAUUGAA